AUGGAAGAUGAAUUCCUGCGUCAACGAAAAGUCGGUUCACCAAAUGUUACAAGUCAUCCAAGCAGUGGCGAUGGAGUGUUUCUCCUGCAGAAGACGGAUAUUCGGGCAGCAUCAGACGAAAGUGAUGCAGAUGGCCUUAUUGAUGGUGAAAGAGUAUCACAGCUAACGAAGGAUUUGCCGCAGGGUUCCGAUCAUGUGGGGGCGUUUGUCGAUCCAGUUCUUUCACCGUUGCCACCAAGAUGGCGGAAUUGGGUUGUGCGUGGUAUUUUUUCAAUUAUUAUGGUUUCUCUGUUCACUGUAAUCAUUAAAAUGGGAGCUACGUGGCUUAUGGCCUUGGUGUUUGUCAUACAGUUUUGGUGCUUCCAUGAAAUCAUUACUAUCGGUUUGGCAAUUUAUCGUCUCUAUUCAUUACCAUGGUUUCGAGCACUUUCAUGGUAUUUUCUGCUAUCAUCAAAUUACUUUUUCUUCGGUGAAAGUUUAAUCGACUAUUGGGGUAUUUUGCUGAGAAAAGAUCAGUUUUUGCAUUUCUUGGUGGCACAUCAUCGUUUGAUUAGCUUCGCCCUAUACUGCAUAGGUUUCGUGUGGUUUGUUUUGUCACUGCGAAAAGGUUACUACUUGCGGCAAUUCUCACUAUUCGCUUGGUCUCACGUAACGCUGUUACUGAUUGUUUCACAAUCGUUCCUCAUUAUCCAGAAUAUUUUUCAAGGACUUAUAUGGUUUCUUGUUCCUGUUUCAAUGGUAAUUUGCUGUGAUGUCAUGUCCUACGUAUUUGGUUUCUUUUUUGGAAAGACACCUCUAAUAAAAUUAUCUCCGAAGAAAACAUGGGAAGGAUUCAUUGGCGGUGGUAUCAGCACUGUUGCAUUCGGCUUAAUUCUUUCGUACUGCCUUCUUCGUCACCCCUUUUUUGUGUGUCCAUUGGAAGAUUAUACAGUGGAAAACUAUAACUGUACCAUUCCGCCAUCAUUUGUUCUAAGAGAGUUCAAUAUUGGGCGGCCACUCUCUAUCAUCUUACGGCUGAUGCAAAAACCUCCAACAUUUCAAAUCUACCCUUUUUUAUUUCAUACUAUUGUAAUGGGCCUGUUUGCUUCUAUAUUAGGCCCAUUUGGUGGAUUCUUUGCUAGUGGAUUCAAACGAGCAUUCAAAAUUAAGGAUUUUGGUGAUGUUAUUCCUGGACAUGGUGGUUUGAUGGAUCGGUUUGACUGUCAGCUUCUUAUGGGAACGUUUGUGAACGUCUACAUACACACUUUUAUCAAAGUCCCCAACCCAUCAAAGCUUUUGCAACAAAUUUUUUGGCUUCCAGCGGAUGAACAACUUUACAUAUACCAUUCUUUGCAUGAACAUCUUCUUAAUGAAGAACUGCUUGAUACCUGA